AUGAUUAAACAACAGCAACCACAGCAACUUAAGGCACAAAGCACCCAGGUCCCUCAGACCAUUACAUACGCCAUAUAUGCAUAUAAUUCAAAGACGGCAGAACAAACGCAAAGGUUGAAAUAUGGAGAUUUGGAGAUAGUAUUGAAAAAUGACCAUUUCGAAUUCGUUUGCAAAGGUGGUGCGGUGAUAUCAAAUAUAAAAGAAAUUUUAUUUAUGAAUUCAAAAAUUAAAGGUAUAACGGAUGAUAUAACAUCAAUUCCACCAGAAGAACAAAGAUAUUACGCAUUAAAUGCAUUUCCUAAAGUUUUGAAGAUUGGAAGAUUUAAUUUAAAUGAGGAAUUCAUAAAAGGUUUCCUAAAUGACAUAAUGAAGAAAGCAGAUAAGGAAUAUGUGGAUAGUGAGUUAAUGAAGAAGGCAAAUUUGGUUUAUGUUAACGAAAAAGAUAAUGAAAUUAAAGAAAUGGUUGAAUGGUAUCAUGAAUGGACAUCAAAGAUUUUAAAAACUAAAGCCGAUACAGGAUGGGUUUCAGGAUGUUUAGACCUUAAAGCGGAUAAGGAAUAU